AUGCCUGGCGAAGGACAUAAAUUCGAACGCCAUGCGUCAGUCACACAGCAGCGUCGACUGUCGCUACAGUACGAGCGCAACGCUUGGUUAGGGCCGCCGUCAGAUACUACCUACGCCGGUAUCUCGGGUAAUUUUGAGGAGAACCAUACAUCAAUCGCAAUCGCAAUCCGCGAUACUACAUAUCUACUGGACUUCAUCGAGAGGAAGUUCACGGACGGUCAUGCAUCCGCAGAGGAAGUCACUGACUUCAUCAUUGCCAAGCUCAAGGCAUAUUCCAAGCACCACAUGGAGAAGUUCAUUGGACUGUCAAUGCCUGAAGAUGUUGCAAACCACUGCCCUCGACUAUGCCCUCGCCUUUGGGCGGAGCUGGACAUCGUUCCAUUGGUCCUGUCAAAUGUAUCACUGAUAGACCGGAUGAGCGUCGAACAGUUUGACGAGUCUCAAGAGCCAACAAGUACUGGAUGGGAUGCAAAGACCGUUGAUGAACAGGCUGAAUCCAUGGCACGAAAAGGUGUUAGACUAUUUGGACCGGAAAAUACGCCCCUGCUACAAGUGGGCUUCCUCGGCCUCGUGGAAGUGGACACAGCUUACCAUGUGAGAAUGGCGGACUUGAGUGAUUUCCAGACAACAGUAUCGGAUAGGACAUGGUCCGCAGUGCAACAAUACGCCAAUGAGAUGAAAGAGCGCAAGGUGAAAUUGGCAUUUUUCAGUUCCACGCCUCAGGGUGGUGGCGUGGCAUUGAUGCGGCAUGCUCUCUUGCGAUUUUCGCAUUGUCUGGGCACUGACAUCAAAUGGUACGUCCCGAAACCACGGCCAGGCGUCUUCAGGAUUACCAAGACAAACCACAAUAUCCUGCAAGGUGUCGCCCAUAAAGGAGAGCGCUUAUUGCCAGAGAACAAGAAGAUCUUGCGGGAGUGGACUGAGGAGAAUGCCAGGCGAUAUUGGACCCGACCAGAUGGACCUUUGCGUCCGCCGUCAGAGGGCGGUGCAGAUGUCAUAGUUAUCGACGAUCCUCAGAUGCCAUGCCUUAUCCCAAUCGCAAAAGCACUGGCUCCAGAUCGACCAGUCAUCUUCCGAAGCCACAUUCAAAUCCGAAGUGAUCUGGUUGCGAUACCUGACUCCCCACAGGCGGAGGCUUGGGAGUUCCUCUGGAAUAAUAUCAAACACGCCGACUGUUUUAUCAGUCACCCUGUGAGCGACUUCGUACCGCGGAAUGUACCCAUAGACAUGGUGGGCUAUAUGCCUGCAUCAACUGACUGGUUGGAUGGACUGAACAAGACUAUGCGGGACUGGGACGUCGCGCACUAUGGCCGUAUCUUCAAUUCCGCAUGUCGCAAUACUGAUAUGCCAUGUAUCCAGUGGCCCGAGGAUUCGUACAUCGUCCAGAUCGCACGGUUCGACCCGUCUAAGGGUAUUCAGGAUGUGCUGGUUUCCUACGAGAAAUUUUACAACAAACUAGUAUACGAAAGCCCUCAGAUGAUUCCUCCCAAACUACUGAUUUGCGGACACGGAUCAGUGGAUGAUCCCGACGGAACAAUUAUCUACGAUGAGACAAUCGAAUAUUUGGAGAAAAAAGUCCCAGAUAUCCGCCACCUGAUCUGCGUGCUGCGGGUGCGGCCCUGCGACCAAGUCCUGAACGCCAUUCUCUCCAAGGCAACCAUCGCACUGCAACUAUCUAGGUCCGAAGGUUUCGAGGUCAAAGUCUCUGAGGCAAUUCACAAAGGCAAACCAGUGAUCGCCACGCGUGCCGGCGGCAUCCCGCUGCAAGUGGCGAAUGGGAAGAAUGGGUUCCUGGUUGAUGUUGGCGAUACCGACGCUGUGGCACAGCACUUAUUCGAUCUCUGGACUGACCACGAUCUAUACAAACGCAUGUCAGAGUACGGCAUCAACAAUGUAAGCGAUGAAGUGAGUACCGUGGGAAGUACUCUCAAUUGGCUUUAUCUCGCCACCAAGUUGUCGCGUGGUGAGACUCUGCGGCCCAAUGGACGCUGGAUCGAUGACAUGGCGUUUGAAGAGAUUGGUGUUCCUGAGAAAAAGGAUGAGCUGCGGCUCACACGCGCAGUCAGAGUGGAGGAUAUGGGCUGA